AUGAGCCCAGCGAGCGCGCUUUCGCUGCUCGGGAAGAGGCUAGGAGAAGCCCCUGGGGACAAGGCCGCGGCCUUAAAGCUCGUUGCCCUUCUUGACUACAUCCCUCUCGCCAUCAGCCAGGUCGGAGCUCUGAUCGCGACUACAAAACGGAUAACACUCGAAAUUUGUCUAGAAAAACUCAGCGGUAGUUGUUGGAAGGACAUCACCAAGCUGCUGAGCCGCGAGUUCACCGAGCUGGGCCGCGACGUGUGGCAGUCUAACGCCGUGCUUGAGACCUUGAAGGAAUCGUUCAGGAAUAUCCAGCUUGAGCGACCGGGCGUGAUACGUCUAAUGAGUUUGAUAUGUCUCAUUCCAAGUGAGAACAUUCCCAAGUACCUCCUGAAACCACCUUACGCCAUAGACCUGGACGAAGUGGACGACGUGGCCCCCGUCCUCGACCAUGAUGGUCAGCUUGAAGACGACUUGGAUGUGCUACGGAGAUACCGAUUGAUCUCAGACGCUGAGGGAGCCGACGCCAUUGGAAUCUCACGUCUCGUGCGGCUCGCCUUGCACAACUGGCUCGUGGAGGCGAAGUACGAUCAGCACCAGAGGAAAUCCAUCGCGAUGAUGGAAACAGAGCAUCCCUCAAAAGACGACUCGACGCUUGAAGCUUCUGGAGUCAUGGCUGGCAUUGAAAAAAGCCAUUUCGAUACUAAGACCUCUCAACCGGGUGAUACCAACAUUGCUUCCGAGCCUUGCGGAAGGGAUGUACCAAGCGGAGGCAACCUACAGUCACAACAAGUCCUUGCAACCGUCAAACGGGGCUUCAUCUCCGGCAGCCGGUGA